AUGCCCACAAAAAGGAAAACACUGUUGGAACGCGCCAAGGCGAAAGAGCUGAGGCAGGCAAAGCGCAUCGAACGCUCCUACACCCGCGAACGAAAGAUCGAGGUGCUGAUGUAUCUUCUUAACCACCGAGUUCCAGAUGUCCGCGCCCGCAGGUUCCCCCGUCGCCGCAUCGGCCAGCCACACGAGGGAGAGUCAAGUCAGCAACUGAUAGUUCAGGAGGAUCACGGCGACCAUAUCUGGUACCGCGCCCCAACCUAUUCCGAGGCCUCGGAGUUUUGGAAUAUUCCCACGCCGACCAUCCAGGGAUGGUGGGAUGCGCGCAAGAAGCUUCUCGAAGGGACCGGCGUUGAACUGCCCGAGCUGGCAACGACGGGCGCCUCUCCGGUGCUGAACGACGGAACGACCCAACCGACAUCCGGAGCUACGGACCGGGCUCAGGGAACAGUCCCGGGAGAAAAUGUGGGGGGACAGUCCGGCCGAGCUCCGGCCGAGAACGGGGCGGCACCGACCAUGUCCGGUCCCGUACCACCUCCGAACCCUCGCCAGAAUGGAGCCCCUUCAGCGAACGGGACAUCCCUGCCCGAUGGCGACGGGAUAUUGGCACCCAAUACAAGCGAGGCGCGAACUUCUGCUGCCCAACCGGCACCGACCGGGUCCGAGCAGCACCCGGCCGCCCCCGCCGCCCAACGGCCGUCGGCGAACGUGGCACGACCGGCUCCACGGUCGGCUGCACUGGGCCCACCUGUGCCGACAAACCCUCCGCCUAAUGUUAUGAUCGAAACCGGCCGCCCGCAGGCGCCAGCUGUGCAAACAUCACCAGCGCCUGCAGUACGGGGCCCACAGCCAACACCCACAGCAAACGCGGCGCCGUCCCAAACGACUACGGCACCCGGACCACCGCCACCAGCAGCCCACAGACAGCCUCCACCCGCGCCACAUGGCUCGCAGGCCGUCCAAAUCGAACCCUCUGCAUCGGCGACGCCGAACCAACCACCGGGCGUAGCACGGGCUGAAAAUCACGUCCUAAAUACCGCGCCCGAAAGCGCGCCUGCCGCGCCGGGCGCGAGCGCGACAUCGCCGGCACAGGCACAGCAACAACAGCAACAACAGCAACAACAACAACAUCAACAUCAACAACAUCAGGAGCCGGAGGGUGGGCGUACAGACGCAUCGGCGCCCGAAGACCAGGGCCUCGCACCGUCAUCGCCCAACAUGGACAUCGACACCGACGACGUGCCCAGCGGCGAAGAAGCAGCAGACGGCGCCGGGGGUAGUAGUGGCACCGAUGAUGGCGAGCGCGAUUCGCUCUUUGAGUCGGCGACGUCGACGCCUGCGCUUUGAGCCUUUUUCUGAUAUGUGACGGUGGAACGUGACUGCUGCCCGAGGGGGACUGCCUGAUUUUGUGCAUGCGUAGAAAGGGCAGAGGGAAGUAUAGGUAGUUUUUAAUGUUUGAAAAGCUGUGAUUUAUUAGGGUUGUUUGUUUUAGAGUAAGUGGCG